AUGGCGCAUCCUGAUAAUAUCUCAAGAGAAUUAGUUCCUUUAGUCGAUGUUUCUCUGAAUGUUGAAGGGGUAGUCGUAAAGGCGGUAGAUGUCGGCGGUGGCUUUAAUAACAAGAAAGAGUUUGAUGAUCGUGAAAGCAUGCUCACAUGGAUUCGUAGGAUUGCAAUUAACCUUGGUUUUAGUGUGGUAAUAGGAAGAUCGAAUAAUGGUACGACAAGAAGAAACGCUUUCGUAACAAUGUUGUGCGAAAAAAGCGAGAAAUACCAUUCUCCUCUAAUGAAGUUUAAAAGGGACGAAACGGGUAGUAGAAAAUAUGAGUGUCCAUUUAAAAUCUGUUGUUAUAUGUUGACUAGCAAGAAGUGGAGAUUUAGUGUUAUUUAUGAUUUGCAUAACCAUGAUUUGUGCUCAAAAUUACAAGGUCGUCCUAGUGUAUGUCGGCUCAAACCGGAAGAGAAGACAUGUAUUAGUGACAUGUCCUUGAAUCUUGUCCAACCAAAAAAUAUACUUGUCACAUUGAAACGGAAGGAACCUGACAUCUGGUACCACAAUAAUAAGGUGAUUAAGGGAGAUAGAAGUGAGAUGCAACAACUGUUGAAAUUGUUGGAUGAUAACAAAUACGUGUCACGGUACAGAACUUGUGACGAUGGAGUUACGGUUCGAGAUAUUUUUUGGACUCGUCCGGAUUCGAUAAAGUUAUUCAACACGUUUUCGACAAUGCUCAUUCUCGAUUCUACCUACAGGACCAACAAGUAUAGACUUCCGUUAUUUGAGAUGGUCGGUGUUACAUCCAUCGAGAAGACAUACGCGGUGUGUCAGUCACUUUUGAAGGAACAAGUCGAGAUGCCGGAGGCAAUUGUUACAGACCGCGAUACCACGUUGAUGAAUGAGGUGGCAAAGAUGAAACUAGACGAGCCAAUAAGAAUGAACGAAGUUAGCCCUCAUUGGAAAAGACUUAGUUUUGAUGAUGAUGGCUGCAUCGAAGGAGAAAAUUGA